CAAAGGCCAGCUUGUUCAGUGUUACAAUAACCGUCGAACGUGACACAUUACACAUUGUGGUAAACGUUUUAAAAAAAAACAACAACAAAAUGAAGUUCGCUCCCGUUUUGAUUUUCAUAUUUUUAUCUUUAGUCUGUGUUAUACAAUGUAAAGAUCUUAUAGUAGGUACUAGUUUUAAUAAGAGGCUUCUGUGGCAAGAAAAAGCCGAAUAUAACGCCAUCCCACUCAAGAAACGAGUCAAAGAAGUAUUUUUUUCGGAUCCGGGACAACAACUGAUUAUGGGUAUUAUAGCCCGUGACCUAGACCACUCGGAUGCUGAAGCAAGUAUUACUGCAGGAGGCAUCGGUUUUUCUUAUGCCAACAUAAAGUUGAAAAGCCCACGAGGCUCUGGAUUAAACUACCAACUUGAAAUCUACACGUAAAAAAGUUAUACUUUAGACCAUAGUUUUCAAUCAAGAAGUUUUCUAUCAUUUCAUGUUUAAUUUAGACUUUUGUAUUCAAUAUUCAAUGUUAAAUUAAUGUCUGAAUUUCAUUAAAAAAAUUACAAUAUCAA